AUGGAAAGGAAUGCAUGUUCGUCGACGAAUAAAGAUUCGAGAAAAAACAAUAGACGAAUUUGGUUUGAUUGGAUACAACUAAUUGCAGCUAUCCUCGUUCCAAUAGUCAUUGCCGUUUAUACCGUUGUUGAUAAUAAAAGUAACGAAUCAAUAGCUAACGCGAAUCGUCGAAGUGAUCUUCAAAUCGCCGAAGACCAACGCUUAAAUGAAAUCCAACUUGGUGAACAAAGUCGAAAGGAAGAUCGUGCACUUAAUAUUGAUCAACAAGAAGAAAAUAUUCUUCUUCAAUAUCAAACAUUUCUUUCAAGAUUAAUUAUUGAACAUGGAAAUUAUUUAGAAAAAUCAUCUGAAGCUAAAAUUGUUGCCCAAUUUAUGACAUUAACUGCACUAGAUCAAUUAAAUGUUAAUCGUAAACGUAUUCUUCUUCGAUCACUUCAUCAUGCUAAUUUAAUAAAUUUUCUAAAAACUGAAAAAUCAUUCAAUGCAAGUAUUGUGAAUCUGGAACAAGCAGAUCUUAGUCAUAUUCAAUUUGGCUUAUCAUCAAAUCGAAUCGAUAAACUUCCGAUGUACCGAUAUAUCGAUUGGAAUUAUGUUUGGUUGCCUCGCACAAUUCUUGUCAAUGCAUCUUUUCGUCAUACAAUAUUAGAUCAUACGACAUUUACUGAAUCAGUUAUGGAUUCAAUUGAUAUGGGUUUUGCUACACAUACAAUUCAUCAAAGUCGAACAAACUUCGUUGGUGCUUCAUUGAUCAAAGCAAAUAUGUCCAAUGUUCGAUUUCGUUUGACAGAUUUCUCGUUCACAAAUUUACUUCUGUCUCAAAUGGACAAUUUCGAAUGCAUCGAAUGUAACUUUUCACAUUCUAUUCUAGCGAAAGUCAAUUUAAAUUAUUCAAUAAUUUCUCAUACAUUUUAUCUCUCUAAGGAUCGACUUCUAUUCGAUUAUACAAAUUUCAGUCAUGCACUAAUUCAUUCAGCUAGCUUUAAAGCAAUUAAUUUUACUAAAUCAGAUUGGUCAAAUGUGCAAGCAUCUCAAAUAGGAAUUUAUAAUUCGAUAUUUACAAAUGCAAUAAUGGACAAGUCUUCACUAAUCAAAAGUACUAUUCAAGAUUCAGUUUUUGAAGAUGUGAAUUUCUAUGAAACAGAUUUCAGUUAUGCUAAAUUUUACAAUGUGACAUUUAUUAAUUUAAAUAUGUACGUUAUUAAUAUGAGUUUUAUUUCAUGUGAAUACUGUUUUUUCAUUAAUGUUAAUUUUGAAGACAUGAUUUGGACACAUAUUUCAUUAAGAUAUUCGAAAUUUCGUGACUGUUCAAUUGAUACCAAUGAACUAUUUGAAAACAGUAUUGAUAUUUUCGAAUCGAAACUAAUCAAUGGGACGAAUGAAUACAAUCUCGGUAAAAUUGAUUCAUUUCACCGAAUUUUAUAUAUUAUUCGAAUUAAAACUGGUAAUAGAAUUCCUAUUGAAACUCAUAUGAAUGUUUAUUUAACAAUAUUCGGUCAAGUUAAUCAAACCAGAGAAACUGAACUUAAAUCAAAUGAUUAUCAAUUAAACAGAUUUCAAAAUGGACAUAUUAAUAAUUUUACCUAUCUGUUCAAUAAUUUUGGACAAAUAAAAUCUAUUAUGAUCAGAUAUUAUGAAAAUACUCAGAAAACAAAAUGGUUUUUAGAUUGGAUAGAAGUCGAUAUACCUAUACGUGAUGAAUUUUAUAAAUUUACCUGCUUCUGUUGGAUCGAAAAAAGUGAAGUAACAAAUCAAUAUCAGAUCGAAUUAAAACCAUCGGAAAUCAUUCAAAAAAAUAUUUUUGUAACAUAUGAAGUUACAGUUUAUACUGGUGAUGCUCGUGGAGUUACUGUGGGUGCUCACGUACAUUUAAAAAUCUAUGGAGAAUAUCGAGAUUCAGGUGAAUCAAAUACAUAUAGAUUACAUGAAUCGAAAACAAAUUCAAAUUCAUUUCAACGAAAUCAAAAAGAUAUUUUCCAUAUCAAUAGUCUAUAUUUAGGAAAACUGGACAAGAUUGAUGUUUCGCUACUUGAUGGCGUCGGUUCUUCAUCUUGGUUUCUUCUUCGAAUAGAAAUUCGUGAUACGAGAAUAAAUAACACAUAUUUCGAGUUCGAUUUCCAAGACAACAUACGCAAUCGGAAUGGACUUCAUGGAGAACACCCACCUUAUGAAAUUCUUUUAUCCAAAUAUUAUAUUAUCAACGAUUUAACAUUUUUUCAAAUUAGUGUUAUCACAUCGGAUAGUUUUCGUAGUGGAACAGAUGCCAAUGUUUAUAUUAUUAUUUUUGAUUCAUUUAAGAAUACAGGUAAAAUAUCAUUGAAGAAUUCCAAAACAUAUAAAAACCCUUUUGAAACGGGUCAUCGAGAUGAGUUUCAUAUUGAAUUAACUGAGUUUGAUUCACCUAUUAAAAUAAAAAUUGGUCAUGACAAUUCAGGCUUUGGUGCAGAUUGGUCAUUAGAUCGUGUUGAAAUUGAAAGACCAAGUUUAAAUCAAAAAUGGAUAUUUCCUUAUGGAAAAGAACUGACACAAUUAAAUGAAGAAAAUCAAAUUGAAAUUGAACUUUAUCCAAAGACAAAUUAA